UCACAUUCGAGUUCAAUAUUCGCUUUCAUAUCUUGUUCAAUACAAAAACCAAAUUAUCAAAAUGGCACCAAAGAAAGGAGGCAAGAAGGGAGCAAAGAAAGAACAAAAAGCCAACUCCAAUGUAUUCUCUAUGUUCGACCAAAAUCAAAUCCAAGAAUUCAAAGAAGCUUUCUCUAUGAUUGAUGCCAACCGUGAUGGUUUCAUUGACAAGAUCGACCUCAAGGAUACUUAUUCUGCUCUCGGUGUACGAGACAUCAAGAUGGAAAAGUUGGAAGCAAUGAUAUUGGAAGCACCAAGUGCAAUUAACUUUACCGUUUUUUUGAACAUGCUUGCCGAUAAACUUCAAGGUACUGAUCCAGAAGAUACUCUUGUACAAGCUUUCAAGAUUCUCGAUCCAGAGAAUACCGGAGUCAUCAACAAAGAUGUCUUCACAGAAAUGUUCAUGACACAAGGAAAAAGGUUUACAAAAGAAGAAAUUGACCAAGUUCUUGAAAUUGCACCGGUAGAUGUCGCUGGUAAUCUCGAUUACAAAGCACUUUGUUACGUCAUAACUCACGGACAAGAAGAAGAAUAAGUCUGACAUCAAAAACUUAGACCCUCUAUAUUUUUUUUCAAUUUUCCAAAAGACACAAAACAAUGAAUAAUUAGAGCAACAUUUAGUAAUUAUUACUUGGUAUUUAAAUGUGAUGGAUGCUAAUUGAAGGCUGAAUGUUAUAAUAGUGGACUUUAAUUUUGUUAUAACACACUUUUGAAACAUUAAUUUUUAAGAAAAUAAACUCAUUUGAACUGUACGUUGUAA